AUGAUCCGAGAACAACGACUUGAAGAUCUCAAUGGAUCCAGAUAUCAACGGCUCGAAGAUCUCAAUGAAUUGAGAGAACAGCGCCAAGUAGAAGAGAAGACGGCAAAUCGAUCGAAUGAAUUUCAGCGUCAACUAACAACUGAGCGGUAUCGAGACGAGUUACUUGUUGCUUAUAUUAAUGAUAUGGCUACAUUAUUGGAAAAGAGCAAUGGUUCACUCACAGCUGAUGAAGUUACGGCUACUGUUGCUCGAGCUAAAACUCUGACUAUCCUUCGUCAACUAGAUACACAGCGUAACAUUCAAAUUGUUCGAUUUCUCUACGAAGCCAAACAACUUAGUGGAAUACACAAAAAUUCUUCACUGGAUCUAUCAACAGCAGAACUUCGUGAUAUAGAUUUUCGUUAUACAGCAAUCAGUAAUGUUUAUAAUAGUUUUGCUUUUUUUCAUGAAAUUUAUUUUUCAAUUGCCCUUUAG